CCAACAUGAGGCCGUAGGCGCAUAUAAGAGAGGGGGACUGAGCUAGUGAAGCACAACAGAACGAACACCACCCAUCACACAGUUUACGACUAUCUAACCACAUUUCACGACACACAUGCCCCUCUUCGGAAACCGCACUCACAACGCUGGUAUGACCGGCAACAACACUGGCAUGGGCGCCGGCAACAACGGAUACGCCAACGACGGUAUGGGAGCUGGUAAUACUGGCUUUGGCCACGCCUCUGCUGGCGCCGGUACAGGCACAGGCUACAACGACGACGGUUAUGGACGCCACCACCGAGGGAUGGGUGCUGGUGCCGGUGCCGGAAACAUAGGCGGUCCCGGAACGGGUGCUUCGGGCGCCACUGGUGGAUCGACGGGAGGUGGCAAGUCCAUCGCCGGCAAGAUCGAGCAAGCCGCGGGGACGCUGUUUUGCAGCGCGCCCCUGCAGCAGAAGGGUAUCGCGAAACAGCAGGAGGCUGCUGCGACCAAGAUGCACAACCAAGCUACCAUGCUUGAACAACAGGCUGCUGGAAAUCGUGCCGGUGCUGCUAGUGGAACGACUGGUAUGGGCACUGGCCCUGGGACAGGUGGUCGGCGUCACCAUAUGGGGGGCACCGGCGGAGGUGUCGGUGGUAUGGGAGCGAAUCGUGGAUAUUGAGAUGCGGUCGCGGAUUUGCCAAACGAUACCCAGCAUAGCAUAUUACCUCUGUAAUGUAGUGGAGCCUUAGGCGGCGUGUAUAACCAUGUAUCCUUAUACUGUUACCCAAGACAAGUCAGUCAGUUACCUCAGCGCUAGGUCUGGGCAAAG